AUGACAGCGAUCCGUAUCGGCUUCACAGAACCUACAGAAAAAAUCAACAUGUCGUCUACUAUGAUAUUACGACAAGAAAUAAAUUUUAACAUCAUAAAUUUGUUCAACAGUAAAGCUGCGGAGUUCGAGCGCCUCUUACAAACUAAAUUAACUGGUAAUAUAUUAUCAGAUACCAGCAAGACUGUGAUCUGUUUGGACUUAGCUGCUGAAAUAUUCGAUGUAGAUUUAGAUCGUAAAUCUGCGAUAAAAUACUCCGGUCUAAAAGGGCCAUCAUACAACAAUAAUCGAAAGACAGUUGAGAAUCUUCUAGAUCUGAAAUCGGAUAGAUUGACGGUACAGUUUCUAUGUCUGUCAUUACAAUGUACUGGAUUACAGAGCUUAGCAGAGAAUAUACUUCAAGAAUACCAGAAACAGGCCAAAACGGAAAUAGAUUUAAAUCUGCCCCAAUAUGUAUGUAUGGCUGUACAUCAAGCGAGUCGAAUCAACAAAGUCAAGUUGGCGAAAAGUAAAUUGGUUGAAAAAUCACGAUUAAAAUUAUCACAGUGGAGUAAAAUGGAUUCCGAGUGGACUAAGUUUGUUGAUGAUAAGUUUGAUACUCUAAAGAGAAAAGGCAAACCCUUGAAGAAUAUGGAAAAUAAUGAUCAAAUCGAAAAUAUGGAAGUGGACCAAAUAUCAGAAGAAAAGCCAUCAGAGCCUAAAAUAGAACCGUAUGAGGAUUGGAAGAAGCGAAUGUUGGAGGCUGCGUACAGGGAGUUGAGAGAACUUGAGAUGAAAGAAAAAGAUGCUGUGGAUAAGAAAGAUUGUCUGUUUGUGUCACCAAGACGAUCUCCAAGGAAAACACCACAAAAGUUCUCACCAUAUAAAAGCCCUAGACCUAUAGUGCCCCCUGGUGGGAUAAGACUACUGUUCCCAAAAGACUUAUGA